AACAUUAUAUUCCAGAUUUGUGUGUUUGGGAGAGGUUACAGGCAUAUGCAAAACUGAAUGAUAAAACAAAGAGGACACAACAAACAGUGCAGAAACUUGAAGGUUAAAAUAUGAGGGACUAUGAUGAUAUCACAUCUUUUCUGGGAACAUGGGGUCCGUUCCAGCUGACUGUUUUCUUUGCAUUGGCUAUAAGUAUUCUUCCAAAUGGUUUUGUGGGCCUCUACAUCGUUUUUGUGGGUGAUACGCCAUCUCACGAGUGUCUGAUCCCUGAGGAGUACAACAUCAGUGCCAUGUGGAGAGAAGCUGCAAUCCCAACGGUGAUGGAAGAUGGCGUUUUAAAACGCAGUUCCUGCUCCAGAUACAAAAUGGAAACUCUGAGAAAUUUUUCCAUGCUUAAUUACAUCCCAAAUGUGGAUGUCAAUGUCAGCGAGAUAGAGAUGGAGUCCUGUGUGAAUGGCUGGAACUACAGUAAAGUGAUUUAUGAGUCUACGAUAGUGACAGAGUGGGACCUGACUUGUGAGAAUGAGUACAAAGGCCCUCUGACCUCAUCUAUAUACUUCUUCGGUGUGUUGGUGGGGACCUUUCUUUCAGGACAGAUGUCUGACAGGUAUGGCAGAAGACCUAUACUGUUUGCCAUGAUGGCCAUGCAGACAGUAACCAUCCUUAUCCAGAUGUUUUCUCCAAGCUGGGAAAUCUUCACUGCCAUCUACUUCUUUGUGGGAUUUAGUGGUUUUUCUAAUUAUGUUGUAGCAUAUGUCCUAGGCUGUGAAAUUCUAAGUCCAGCGAGUCGGGUGGUGUUCGGUUCUCUGGGUAUCUUCAUGGGAUCUGGAAUUGGUCAGAUGUUCUUUCCUUUAGCAGCUUAUUUCAUCCGCAGCUGGCGAUGGCUGGUGCUCACAAACGCCCUCACUGGACUCCUCUAUGUGCCACUGUGGUGGUUUAUUCCUGAGUCUCCCAGAUGGCUGCUCUCUCAGGGAAGAAUAGAGGAGGCUGAGGCCAUACUGAGACUCGCAGCUAAAAAGAACAAAGUCACCGCACCUGAGGUCAUCUUCACUUCAUCUGAGAUUGAGGAAGCAGCAAAGAUGAGGAAGAAAAAACAUAAUAUUCUGGAUAUUCUAAGGAACUGUAAUGCUGUUUUAACCAUCAUGAUCUGUUCACUUCUGUGGAUGGUCAUCACCAUGUCUUACUAUGCUCUCAUUCUCAACACCACAAACCUUCAUGGAAACCCGUACCUGAAUUAUUUCCUGUCUGCGGUGGUGGAGGUCCCAGCUUUCAUCAUCGCCAUGUUGUUGCUCAGAUACUGCAGCAGGAGAUUCUGUCAGUCGUCCACUCUUCUUAUGGGUGGAGCGAUGAUCUUCAUCGUACAGCUCAUUCCCAAAGAACUAAUGGAGUUGGCGACCUUACUGGAGAUGCUGGGAAAACUGGGCGUUACGGCAGCGUUCUGUGUAGUUUAUGCCGUGACUUCAGAACUGUUUCCGACCGUGGUGAGAAACAUGGCCAUGGGAACCUGCUCCAUGACAGCUCGCAUAGGGAGCAUAGUGUCUCCCUUCAUCAUAUACCUGGGUAACUACUAUAGAUACAUUCCUUAUAUUGUCAUUGGAAGCCUGGCAGUGUUUUCUGGCUUAAUUACUUUACUGUUACCAGAAACUAGAGGAAAAGUUCUCCCUGAGACCCUCGCUCAGAUGCAGCGAAUAAAAGGGCUGAAGAGCUCUGAGAAACAGGCUGCAGUGAUGAGGACAGCAGAUAAAAGUAAAGUCAUCAAAGAAGUGAAACUAUAACAACUGGAGAGUAAAGACAAAACGUUGUCCCGUUAAUCAAAUGACUUGCCCUAACCCUAAAUCAUUAAUCAUAAAAUACUGUAUCCUGUUGGCUUCACAUCAUGACAUAUAUUUGGCUUGGCUCUCUGCCUUUCAUUGGCAGAGUAUGCGAGACAACUGAAGUUAGAAAUCCACCCUCAUGUGACUUCAUGAUGCUGUAGGGGUUUGAUAAACUCUUGAUCUGUUCUUUUAAUAUCUGCCAUAAUGGCAUCUUGUCUCUGCAAGCUCUUGGCACAGAUCGCCAGCUAUUAUCUGGACUGCCACGCCAGACUUUAACAACCAGCAAGAUCAGCGUACAGACGGCCAUAGAUGAGCCAGUCAUCCACUACUGUCUGAACCAAACGGAUGGAGCAGAAUGCAAAAUAUUCUGAAUGAUAUCAAUCCACAGUCUGGUUCGUUUGGCCAGAGGAUAACUGGUCCCCUGGUUUUUUCUUCAUUUCUGUCACCUGAUGGAGUUUGGGUUUCUUGCCACUGUCGUCUCUGGCUUCAUCAUUCUGGGACACUAAAUAUUCAACAAUAUUAUAGAUUUAACUGCACUGACGCUAUUGGAUGAGAACAAAACUUGAACUGAAUUGAUCAGCUUUUUACAGCUAACAGGGAACGUUCUCAGAACUUUGGCUAACGUUCUGGCAAGGUUCUCUCAAAGUUAUGAACAAAUGUUCUUCCAGUAACAUUAAUAGAACGUUUUUUUUUUUUUUUUUCAAAGUUAUCUGGUCUUUAAUAAUGUUCUCAAAACAUUAGAACAAAAGCAUUUUUUAUACAACGUUUUAGUUGGACUUUUGUCUAAUGUUUUUUUUUUUUUUUUUAAAUGUUACUACUUGUUUCACAAAGUUCAGAGAACAUUCAAAAUUAAUGUUUCCAUAAUAUUUGCAAAAUGAUAAAAUGAUGUUUUGAACAUUCAGAAAUAAUGUUUUCAUAACUUAAUGGGAACGAUUAUUGUUAGCUGGGUUUAUUAGCUGAAUUGAAAUCAUUCCAUUAUUAAUGAACUUUGAAACGAGUUUUUAAGCCACUCAGAAUUCAUCGUAUUCAGAACUGCCCAUAAGCGAAGAUGACACUUUUCACAUUAUGUGCCACGACAUGCGCCAACAAAGCAACUGUCAUUGAGAUGAUGGAAACACUAACCGCUUCCUUCAGGAAAUACUGACCUCCUUUAAUCAGAACGACUAGGUUCUUUGGAAACUCGGACAGGAGAUGAUAAAGGUAGUCAUGUUAACAGUGCGGUCUAAUCAUUAAAGGAGCCAGUGCUGGUCAAGCUAUUCAAAAAAGGCAAGCUACAAAUUAACUCUUGAAAAUGUCUUGAUCUGCUAGGAGUGCUGUAGAUAAUCAAAUCAAAUUAAAACAUGCUUCAUGCCCUAUAUAUAUGUAUAUAUAUAUACGUCUAUAAAGUUGACUUGAAUUUGACAUUUUUGACAUCAUUCACACCACUGAUGUAUUUAUAGUAUACUAGGGUGUUUCUAUAGGCAGUUGGGUGUUCUGAGUGGUUGCUAGGUACUUUAUUUCUCUGUUAGCUGUUCUUUCUUAUUUCUGUUCUUUAGACAGAGACGAUAAAACAACCACUCAUUUUAGCAGAUAAAUUUAUUAGGAUACAUUGACAAAUGUGUGUCCACUCUGAACUGAGCACUUUCAUCCUCAUGUGUUUCCCCAAGAUUCACUAUAUAAAUGAAAAACUUAAGUACAGUAUUGCUUCACUUUUAUUUAACACAAUAUUACGGUAACAGCUUCACAUAAAAAUAAUAUAUUCGUAACUGUAAGGGUGUAAUGCAUGACAUUUGAACAGUAGGCUAUGAAAACCAACACAAAAAACAGUGUUAUUAUGGUGAAUUGCUUGUGACACUGUAAUAUGUUCCCUAUAUUUCCUGUUCCAGUAAUGCCAUUAAACAUUUGUCUGAAGCAUUUGCAUUUCA